AUGGCGGCGCUGCCCGCCGCCGCAUUGGCCGGCCUCCUCCUCGCCCUCGCCGCGGCCACGGCGGGGGCCACCACCGAGUCCUCCGACGCCGCCGCUCUGGGGAAUCUCUACACCUCCUGGAACAGCCCGUCGCAGCUGGCCGGCUGGUCCGCCAGCGGCGGCGACCCCUGCGGCGCCGCCUGGCAGGGCGUCACCUGCACCGGCUCGGGCGUCACCGGAAUUAAGCUUCCUGGGACAGGGCUGAAUGGUUCGCUGGGCUACGAACUCUCCAAUCUAUACUCACUGAAAACAUUGGAUUUGAGCAACAACAACAUCCGUGGCUCAAUUCCUUACCAGCUGCCACCAAAUCUCACAUAUAUGAAUCUGGCAACCAACAAUUUCUCUGGCAAUCUUCCAUAUUCCAUAUCCAACAUGGGUUCAAUCGAGUACCUCAAUGUCAGCCACAACUCAUUGGCUCAACAAAUCGGGGAUUUAUUUGGAAACCUCAGUUCACUUUCAGAAUUGGACAUAUCUUUCAACCAAUUGACAGGGGAUCUUCCCAAUUCUAUUGGCUCUCUGUCAAAUCUUUCUAGCCUUUAUAUGCAAAACAAUCAAUUAACAGGCUCUGUCAAUGUUCUCGGUGGUCUAGGCCUUACUACCCUAAAUAUUGCAAACAACAAUUUCACUGGAUGGAUACCACAAGAAAUCAGCUCAAUCCCAGAUGUGACACUUGGAGGCAACUCAUUUACCAAUGGACCUGCUCCCCCACCACCACCUUUUAUGCCACCACCCCCGAGAAGGCCACGCAAUCGUCCUAACAAUGGGGGAAGUGGAAAUGCUCCCAAAGGCUCUGAGAGCACCACUGGUCAAGGUGACAAGAAGCAAGGUCUGCACACAGGUGCACUUGUGGGGAUAAUUGUUGGGUCCGUACUUGCUGCCUUGCUUGCACUUCUUGUUUUGGUAUUCUGCAUUCGCAAUGCUCGGAAAAAGAAGGAUGACAGUAGCAGCGAAUACAAAGAUUUUGUAGGUCCACUAUCAGUGAACAUAGAGGAAGUACCUAGCAGGGAAAUCCCAGAGCAGGGACUUGAAAAUACAACUAUGAAAGCCCUGCCUGCUGAAAAGACGACUCCAGAGAGGGUUUAUGGUAAAAAUGGUUCUAUGAAGAAGGCAAAGGUCCCCAUAACUGCGACGCCCUACACUGUUUCUUCCCUGCAAGUGGCAACGAAUAGCUUCUGUCAAGAUUCUCUUCUAGGCGAGGGUUCACUCGGUCGUGUUUACAAGGCUGAUUUCUCCAAUGGAAAGGUUCUGGCAGUUAAGAAGGUAGACAGUGCCGCCCUAUCCUUGCAGGAAGAAGAUGAUUUCCUUGAGGUUGUAUCAAGUAUGUCACGGCUUAGGCAUCCAAACAUUGUGCCACUUACAGGAUACUGUGUUGAGCAUGGGCAAAGGCUUCUUGUUUAUGAGUACAUUGCAAAUGGAACAGUGCAUGAUAUGCUGCACUUCUCUGAUGAGCUGAGCAGAAGGCUUACAUGGAACAUCCGUGUGAGGAUAGCACUCGGCACUGCUCGGGCACUAGAAUACCUGCAUGAGGUGUGCUUGCCUUCUGUUGUUCAUAAAAACUUCAAGUCCUCAAACAUCCUACUUGAUGAAGAGCAUAAUGCACAUUUAUCUGACUGUGGGCUCGCUGCCAUGACACCUAAUAAUGAGAGGCAGGUUUCUACUGAAGUUGUUGGGUCAUUUGGAUACAGUGCCCCAGAGUUCUCCAUGUCAGGAAUUUAUACUGUAAAGAGUGAUGUGUACAGUUUUGGGGUUGUGAUGCUAGAGCUAUUGACUGGAAGGAAGCCACUAGACAGUUCUAGAGAGAGGUCAGAACAGUCUCUUGUUAGAUGGGCUACGCCUCAGCUUCAUGAUAUUGAUGCACUUUCUAAGAUGGUUGAUCCAGCAUUAAAUGGAAUGUACCCUGCCAAAUCGCUCUCCCGCUUUGCAGACAUAAUUGCACUCUGUGUUCAGCCGGAGCCAGAGUUCCGCCCUCCCAUGUCUGAGGUUGUCCAGCAGCUUGUGCGCCUGAUGCAGAGGGCUAGCAUAGUGAGGCGGCAAUCAGGUGAAGAACUAGGGUUUUCAUAUAGAGCUCCAGAACGUGAAGGAGAUGCCAGAGACAUUUCCUUCUAAGCAUGCUUUCUUCUAUGGCACAAGUGCAAAGAAGGUCGGAGGAGAGUUGAGUUUAUUGUCAAGAAUGAUUGCAUAUGAACUAGAAACAUGAGUUGAGAAAUUCGAGGAUCAAACGAAUGGGUGAGAAGAUAAUUUUGGGUAUUGAGAUUGUUCAAUUAUGUUCAUCCUUCUCUUCUUUUUGUUUGGGGUAGAGUUAAACUGUGGAUGAAACCCGUGUCAUGUAUAGUAUGUUGGUCACUGGUAGAGAAAAGAAAUGAUAAUGCUUCAAAGGAUAACUUUCUUGUGGAUGUGAAACAAGUAUAUACUGCCUUUCACUUGGCAGUUCACUCCAUCCUGCUGAAUGUUCUGUCUCUACGGUUCUGGAAAUAUUUUUCAAGUACUAGC